CAGUUCUUCGCAAUAACUGGAACCAAAAUGAAGCUGUUCCCGGUGCUGCUGGUGAUCUGUUUGAUCGUUUUGACGGUUGAAUCCCAAAACAACGGACGUGGCCGCGGAAAUGGAAACGGAAAUGGCAAAGGCAACGGCCAGGGUCGUCGCAAGUACAAACAUCGCCCGCCGAGCUCGGAUGUCGGUGCACGCCUGAGGAAGUGGAAAAAGGGUGUCAACAAGGAGUUCCCGCAUGAAAUGGGUGCCGAUGAGUACAACGAGUUCGACAUUAUGGUACCGCCGGCACACGCGGCCAACUAUGAGUUGCCGGAAUCUGGGCGCACGCGCUGGACCAACGGAAUUAUUCCGUACUUGAUCAUUGGAACAUAUUCAGAGAUCGACAUGAUCAAAAAGGUGAUGCAGACCUUUGCGGACAACACGUGCGUGCGGUUUGUUCCGUGGAACAACGAGGCACUGUAUCUGAAGAUCAACAACUCCGUCACCGGGUGCUGGUCCCACGUGGGUAUGUACAGCUUUAACGACUACAACCUGGCCAACCUGCAGAACCCGAACUGCAUGAACCCGUCGACGAUCACCCACGAGUUGAUGCAUGCCGUUGGAUUCCACCACGAGUUUACCCGGCCCGACCGGGACGAUUGGAUUUCGAUUGACACGACGGCGCUGGCGUUGAAGCGUCAAACGCCGGAGUGGAUUCAGACGAACUUUGGAAAGAUGAGCACCGAUCAGGCGGAUACGUUCGGAAUUGAUUAUUAUUACGGAAGUUGCAUGCACUACUCGAAGUACGCCGGAGCUUGGAACUAUUCGAGACCGGUAGUGAUGAAUACGAAACCCUGGGAGCGUAACGACUUUGGAUGCUUGAACGGAUUAACUGCCAUCGAUAUCAAGGCUAUCAACCGUGCCUAUGAAUGUCCAGGAAGUGUUUGAGGAGCAAACUUCACGAAUGGGAUAAAUUUAAAAUAAUAAAUAUUUGAAUGAUACUGAAA